AUGUAUUUAUGGGGUGGAUUGGAUAUUCGUAUGAAUGCUAUUAGUGAUAUGCUUAUUUUAGAUACAGUAAAUCUUGUUUGGAGUAAAGGAAGUUUUGCACCAAUUAUGAGUAUGAGAUAUGCUGCCGUUUUAUUGCCCGAUAAUAUAUUGGUCUAUAUAUAUGAUACAAUAGAUGAUGAUUGGAAUAUAAAGUCAACUUCAGGAACAAUACCUUCUUACAAAAGCGGUUUUACCGCUGUUCUUGGAUUAGACGGUCAAAGGGUAAUCAUUUAUGGAGGUUAUAGGGAUGAUGUUACUAAAACUCCUAAACCUGUGGAUUCACCACUCUAUGAAUUAAAAUUAAUAAAUUUUGAAUGGCGUAUUCCAAAAACAUCUGGGCAAACUUUAGCAUUCCGUUAUGGUCAUGUAGCAAAUGUAAUUGACAAAUAUAUGGUUAUUUCAUUUGGAGAAAGUUAUAACCGUUCAAUUGAAAAUGAUAUUUUAUUGCUUGAUAUUAGUAAUGUCAAUGAGUAUAUAUGGACGAACGAAUUUAACAACUUACCACCAAAUAACAUUAUUGGUGCAAUUAUAGGAUCUUUGCUUGGUUGUUUGUUAUUGUCCUUUGUAAUAGGUUUUAUUAAAUACAGACGAGAUAAAAAUAGAAGUAAAGAUGAUAAUGAUCAAGCCGAAAAUAAUGUUCAUAAUUACGGACAAGAAAUAGUGCAACCACUCAAAAAUGAAAAGAUUUUUAAUCAUGGACAAGAAAUAGUAGAACUACCCAAUAAUGACCAUAUUUUUAAUCAUGGACAAGAAAUAACAUUAAAUGUGUAUAUGGUAUUUCGAAGUUUCAGUGAUUGUUUAUUGAGUUAA